AAUACCGACGGUCAAAAAAAAGCAAACAAUGAUGGCUUCAGGAGGCUUACAAUCUGGAGUCUAUCCGCAACCCCCUCCUUCUUUCCCCCAACAUGGCCACUCCAGCUCCAUGAACGCUUCCUUUCCUCACCCUCCGCCCAUGGGCUACGCCGAGGCUUCUCACUCUGUGAAUUCCACACCUGCGCCAACUCCACCGCCGCCGAGACCUGCAUCGCAGCACCAGCAACAACAGCAACAAAUGGUGUAUAAUAUGAACGGUGGUAAUCCCAUGGCCAAUGGAGGUAUGAUGGGCGCUCCCAACAGUUUCGGCGGGUAUGCAGAGCAAAAUGUCUAUCCUCAACCGGGCUUUUAUGGCAAUGGCAACACCAACAAGCCACAGAUUUACACUGCUGUGUAUUCUAAUGUUUCGGUCUUCGAAAUGGAGGUCAACGGUGUAGCCGUCAUGCGACGCAGAGCGGAUUCUUGGCUCAAUGCCACACAAAUCCUCAAGGUGGCGGGAGUCGACAAAGGUAAGAGGACCAAGGUGCUCGAAAAAGAAAUCACCGGCGACCACGAAAAGGUACAGGGUGGGUACGGCAAGUACCAGGGCACCUGGGUGAAUUACCAGCGCGGCCGAGAAUUCGCACGACAGUAUGGCGUGGAACAAAUCCUUCUUCCGCUUCUCGAGUACGACAUCACUUCUGAUGGCAUGCCCGGUAUGAGUCACGGAAUGGAGACUCCCACCAAGGAGCAAGCCCUGGCGGCACAGCGCAAGAGAAUGUAUGGCGGCGACGGACGAUCAAUGUCACAAUCCUCGGGAGGCACUUUUUUCAAGAACAUGUCUAGUACGGCUGCCAACGCAAUUCACGCCCUGAACAGAACUCGUCUCGAUUCGCCCAAUCACAUGGACGGCCGCCGCUCGGUUGGUCCUCGUCGCCAAUCUCAGUCGCAGCAGGCAUUCACUUACGGGACUGAUGGUUUAUACGGCCAGGCUAGCCAACAGAGCAUGCCAAGCAUGAAUUCUCAAGAUAGCUUCACUACCAAUGGUGCCAUUAUGAGCCAAAGUGCGAGCUUUGCAGACUUUCCCGCUCCAGAUGCUCAAGAACCUCCACGCAAACGCAUCCGACCAUCCCCUCAAUCGUCAUUCAUGGCCGGUCCCUACGACACGUCGCUCGAGAUGGCACUCGUCGACGGCACUCCUACCGAACCUAACGCGUCGUUCUUCUCACAGCCAAGCCAGACCUUUGUUGCACCCGACCCUCUGUCUUACGGCCUAGAACCUCUUCCACACCCUGUUGGACCUAUCGACAACGAGAAGAAAGACCUCUUGCUGGACCUCUUCCUCGACGCACGUCGGACGGAUUUCGAUGAUGACCCAGCAUUCCUGCGGCUCAGUGGUGAGGAGUUUGAGUUCCCAAUCGAUGGCUCGUGUAAUACUGUACUACAUUGGGCGGCUACGUUGGCUAGAAUACCUCUAGUACGAAAGUUACUGGAAAAGGGCUUUAAUAUGAGGCGCACCAACAGUGGCGGCGAGACUGCUUUGAUUGCAGCUGUUCUGGCACGAAAUAACUUGGAUACGAGCAACUUUCCAGCCCUUCUCGAACUCCUUGGACCUAGUAUUGAGGUUAGAGAUGGGCGUGGUCGUACAAUACUCCAUCACAUUGCUGUGUCAUCGGCCAUGAAGGGUCGAGCUGCGGUCGGCAAAUACUAUCUCGAGUCGUUGCUCGAAUAUGUCGUCAAACAAGGGGCUUCGCAGUCGUUGUCUUACGACACCAUGCAUGGAAUGAACCACGAAAACAAAAUGACCCUGAACAGAUUCAUGUCUGAGAUUGUCAACGCGCAAGACAAGGCAGGUGACACGGCUCUGAAUCUGGCGGCACGGACCAAUACGACGACCAUCAUCGAGCAACUGAUUGAAGUUGGUGCGGACCCUCACAUUCAAAACCGUGGUGGACUUAGCCCCAUUGAUUUCGGUGUUGUUGGUGGCCACGUCAACAAUCAGAUAAUGGAUCAGACCAUGACAAUGUUUGAACAACCCUCUGCGGCCGAUGGACCACCUCAGAAGUCCUUUGAAGAUGCUCAAGAAGGACUCAUGGCUUCGAUCCGGGAGAUUUUGUCCCAAUCAGAGGCCGAUUUCACAUCAGAGAUGAAGGAGAAGAAGGGGACCCUCGACAAGACGAAUGCCGCUUUGAAAGAGUCGGGUACGUCAUUGGCAGAGGAGCGACGACGACUGGAAGAGGUCCGAAGCAAAGUUCGAGAGAAAGAGGAUCUGGAGCAAAGAAUCAACAACCUGCGUCAAGCAAAUGCGAAACUGCGAGCAGAGUUGAGUGAAACUGACCCACCAACCACGAUACAAGAUAACGUGGCGAUCGGCGAAGCGGACAAAGGUCUGGACUUGGAUGGGCAACUUCCAAUGGUUGCACAUUUGUUUGCAGAUGGCGAAACCGACCCCAGCACCAUGAAUCUGACACAGGAGCAAGCUAAUUUUCUGGGGUGUCUGGAACGUGCGGAGGUGCUGUCUGGACGAGCAAAGGUGUACCAACGCCACAAUCAACAACUCGAACACAUGGCGAAAACCCUCAAGGCUCGCAGUGGUGAGUUGGAAGAGCGAUACAAGAAGAUUGUCAGUCUCUGCAUUGGUCAAGACGAGGACAAAGUGGACGGCUUGUUGGACCACCUCGUGCAGGCGGUCGUUAGUGAACAAAAAGAGAUGGGCAACGAUUCGCAACUUGGACGUGUGAGAGAUUUCCUCCGACUGGUGCAAGGAUCAGGAAAUUGAUGGAGAUGCCGCCGACUGAUCUUGCUAGUAUGAAGAUGGCCUACGAAUUACGGAUGACCGCUUACUAGUGACUCGCCUUGUUCUGCGGGUAGUGGUUCUGUACAAUAUUG